UGAUCGUCAUUCGAUAUGGAACACGCGCGACCGCCCUCGGAAUUGUGCUUGGACGGCAGCUCCGUCAGCCGGGCUGACGCGUGGAAGCGGUGGAAGACACAAUUUAGUUUGUUUCUUAAAGCGUCUGGUGUGCAUAGUGAAAAAGCCGAUGUUCAGGCCAGUCUGUUGAUAAAUCUUAUCGGGCCCGAAGGAUUCGACGUGUACGAGACGUUCACGUUUGAGAAGGACUCGGAUCGCGAUGACGUUGCAGUAUUGUUGGCUAAGUUCGAUGCCUAUUUUGGCGUUAAGACGAACAUCACUCUAGCAAGAUACCAUUUCUUUACAAGGAAUCAGGAGAUCGGCGAGACGAUCAAUCAAUAUGUCACGAAUUUAAAGUUACUGGCGAAGACCUGUCAGUUUCAAAAUUUGGAGCAGGAGUUGAUUCGGGACCGCAUAGUUUGUGGAAUCAAAAAUACCAUCAUGUCAGGUCGUGAAGGAGGCAAAAAGAAACCACUGAAGGCCCCUAAAAAGGCAUCAAAAGAGCUAGAUGAUGAUGAUUUAGCCUUAAAACAAAAACUUAAGGAACAACAGAAAGCGUUAGAGGAGGCAAAAGCAAAGGCACAGAAAGGUCCUUUGGCAGCAGGAGGUAUCAAGAAAUCUGGGAAAAAGUGAUAAAUGUACUUUCCAAUUCAAAUAGAUUUUAUUUUGCAUAUAAGAUCAUUGGAAUCUUCUUUGUUUAAUGUAUGUUAUCAGAAACUAACUGUACCUAGCAUUUGUUAAAUUUUUGUUGAUAACCUUAUCGUAACAAGCACUGCCAGUGGUGCUCAUCUGAUGCAUUUUAAAUGUUAAGUACCCAAUAAAUUUAACAUUUUU